AUGGGGGCCGGCACCCGCGGCCUGCCCGCUAAGAAGGAGCUGUCGGCGGGUGAGGACGCCGAGGUGAGCAGCACUACUGGCGACACAGCUGUAAGGAGGCAGCAGCCGGCGACUACCGGACGAACCGCGCAGAACAAGGCGCAGCGCACCAAGGCCAACGCCCGCGAGCGCACGCGCAUGCACGGCCUGAACGCCGCGCUCGACACCCUGCGACGACACAUUCCGUUUGCAAGGAGCACCAGCAAACUUUCCAAGAUCGAGACGCUGCGCAUGGCGCGCAACUACAUCUACGUGCUGGCGCAGACGCUCGCCACCGGCGAGCCGUUCGACCUGCCCAGCUACGCCUGCGUCAUGGCCAGGGGACUCAGCCAGGCGACGGCCAACCAGAUCAACGGCUCCCUCAACCUUCGGCCGCGCUCGAUUAAGCUGCUACCCCCGCUGGAGCCGUUCAGGCGAGCGCCGUACGUCUCUGUGCCGACGCCGGCCGGCCCGCAGACGUCACCGCUGGACGACCACGUGUUGCCGGAGCCGUGGUCAGCCGGCGACCAGCUGGCUGGGUUCCCGGAAGCUGCUGCCGUCAGCUUUUAGCCGAGGCUCUCUAGCUAAUGCCGAUUGAAGCUGGCAUCUUUUCCGGCGCUGUUCUGUCGACUUCUUUGUGAUCGUCGUGCUGUGCGUUUGAAGAAGUUCAAAAACAAUCAUGUUUAAAACCAAAGCUGAACAGAUUCAAAUGGAUUGAAUGUGUCGAAAACUAGCAUUGAACAAAUCGUGCUUUGUGUCGCAUAUGAGAGCAAGCUGUAAAUCCUAGUGACGCUCACCAGAAAUCACAGUGAAAGUCCAGAGGAAGAUCGAAUGGAAAACCUGGCUAUAAAUCAUUUCGAGUUUGCAAACGCAAUCACCCUGGCGAAAAAGGCUGAACAUAAAACAAAGCGCUUUGCAUACAGAUGUGAGCGAACCUGUUAUCCUCGCCGGCUGCGAUGCCCGAGAGGCCGCAUCCAAUUGUCCGAACC